CCUUCUCUUAUACAUCAUGGCUGUAGCAGCCAAUGUGUGUCAGAACGAUACCCAGGCGGCUGGAUCUCCACUCUCUGGAAGUUUUGGAAUCGCUGGAGUUACUCUUUUAUAUUUUUUGGAUAUUUUAGAAGACCAAGACAAUGAAUUACUCUAUUUUAUUGGAUAUUUUGGUAAUCCUGCUCCACAGGACACUAUCAUCUACAAGUCAGAUCCUGAUCUGGCCAAAGUUCAAGUGAUGACUUAUGAUAUCUUCUGCAACUACCGUUCCUACGCUAUUUCUCCAGCCAAGGACUUCAUCUACAUCCAAGACUGGACAACUCACAAGAUAUUUGAGGUCAGGACUUCAGACCUGGUCAUCUCCAGAGAGUUGGCAGUUAGCGCUGCCUCAGCUACUUUAGAUUCAAAUAUGGAAAUAGGCAAAGGCUUCUUCUUCAGUCUCGCCUUUGGCUCAAUCUUGCACACUUGCAGAUGGGACAUGUCAAAUACCAAUCUCGACUGAUUCACUUUAGGAGUCGGUAGUCAAAUUAAUUUCGCUCCAGUCAGUGAAGAAUUACUAUUCUUUGGAUCAACUGACACAGCAGCUGACCAAUACUACCUGAUGAACUACAAUUUCUCCUCCUCCAGCUCACUUUGGAAGAAGAGCAUUGCCUGUCCUACUUCAGGCUGAGUGAGUAAAUUCAGCAACUCCCUGCUGAGCAGAGAUGAAGAGUGGAUUUACACAAUGGUUCUAUACGAUGCCAACUUUAUUUUCCACAAGCUUAGCAUUGCCGAUGGGAGUCCCCAAAGUUCAGGACUGAUUUGGAAUGACAGUGGGUAUUAUAAUAGUUACUGAAUAAAAGAGUUCAGUGACUUCGUUGCCAUUCAGAUUCGCAGUUCCUCUUUAUUAAGAAUCAAAAGGCUAAUUCUGGUGACCCCCUCUGCCACAGAAAUUACGAAGGAGUACAAUUCGGUGGACUCAUCGGCUUAUGCAGUAGGAAAGUUGUUAUAUAAGGGUGAAGAGAUGAUGUAUCAUUCUGGAAGAAUCAGCACCAAUGAUACAUUCUUCUUUGGGAGAUCACCCAUAAACAACACUGGACAGCUUUCUGAGUUUGAACAAGAUACUCCUCUAUUCAGCCCAAUUACCACUAACUAUCAGGUGUCACCAACAACAUCAAAUCCAAGCAUAUCUACGAACACGAAGACUCUUACGAUUUCAACCACAUCGUCCAUCACGACCACCGACAUCACGUCGUCGACAAAUCCUUCGUUCAACAGAUACGUGGCUUUGUGGAAUCAGGAUUACUCCCAGAUUGUCCAGAGCAACAAGUUAGUGAAAUUAGAAUUCACCUGGGCCUGAGCUCAGUCAGUGAAUAACACUGCCAUCACCUUCAGUCUGGCCCAGACCGGUUCCAAUGCUGUUCCUGACUGGGUUCAAUUAGAUGCAAGCAGUCAAGAGUUGUACCUUAACGCCACUCCUAAGCUAGCCGAAGAGAAGAAUUUUUAUUUUUUACUUCAGAUCUCCUUCAACAGUGAAGUCCACUACAAGAAGUUUGAGAUCACUGUAGAAGAGUGAUCCAUUCAGAACUGCGAGCUAUGAACACUGGGAAGUCCCAGCAUUUGAGAGACCUGAUCAGAUGGCUAUCAAAGCUCUGAUAAGAAGGAAUCUUGUACUAAAGUAGUUAGCAUAAGUGAGACUAAAGAAGUUGAGACUAAAGAAUCUAAACCUGUAACUGAAACUACAGUUACUCAAGGCUUGGUUAUAUCGAGCAUCAUACUUGCUAGUGCUUCAUCUAUGCUAUCAUUAUCAUCAAUCAACUCAAUCUUUAGCAUUAUGAACAGCCUACAACUGGCAAUAUUACUACCUCUGAUUCCUGAUUACUUCUCGCCCAAAGUGUUAGCCUUUUUGAGUGAGAUGGGCUUCACAAUGCUCUCAUUCGAUUUCAUCAAGUUCAAGGAUAUUCCUUUUGUUGAAGAACUUACUGACUGGGUGUCAUAUCCUCAAUCUGAUGGAUACUUGAACAGCCUUGGAAUGAGGUCUGGCAGUUCAGUUGUUAACUAUUUGUCCCUCAUGGCUAUUAUCAUACUGAUAGGGAUCAUUAAUGUUGGUGUAUUUUUAUGAUACAGGUGAACAAAGAACUCGAAGAACAGGAAAUGAAAGAAGUUUACAAGGAAGCUGUUCAAGUUCUUCACAUUCAAUGUCUACAUAAGAAUAUUCAUGCAAGCAUUUGUAUUUACAACUUUAUCAAUAUUCUCAGAGCUGUACAAUCUCAAUCUUGAUACAAUAGUCACAAUAGUAUCGUUUGGGGUCUGAGUCCUGUUCUGAUUGUGCACAAGUGUGUUGUUUAUUCUGUCAUUCAUCAUGUAUUUCAAAUCAUUUCCUACGCUAAAUAAAGUCAAGUAUUGGCCAUGAAUUGAGUAUUUUAACGGAGUCAAGUCAACAAAAUAUUCUAAACUCUACUCUUGCAUGUAUAUGUUGAUGAGGGUAUUACUUACAUCAGUUAUCAUUUUUGGACAACCUACUCGUCAAUAUGAUAGAGCUACUUACUUCUACUUGGUCAAUAUUGCUUACUGUCUUUAUUUAAUUAUUGUCAGACCAUUGGAGAAUCCUCAAGAUAAUAUCAUUGAAAUCAUAAACCAAACUCUGUUCUGUAGUUUGGCAGUCCCGUUAUCGUGGCUAGACAAAAAGGAAGCCUGGACUCCCUUCUAUGAAAAAUUUUAUACAUCUGUGCUCAUGGCAUCUCCAGCUAUUGGAAGCUUUAUAUGACUAAUUUUCUUAAUAAAGUCAAUAGUAAUUUGCAUACAAAAAUGGAAAGCCAACAAUAGGCAACAAGAUGUCGCUCCCAAAGAGCCCUCCUCUCAUAUUAGAGCAUCUCAGCAUCUUAACCAUCACAACCCUAGUCCGUCUCCAUACAUCAACAACCGGUCCUCUAACAUGAGCAGAAGCAAUGCUCCUUUUGCACCUCCUCGAGACACUCAAAGUCGCCCUUAUGACAGUUCUUACCCAAGAAGAGUUCAGAUGACUAGGAAAUUGGAUUACCGCAGAUAAUUAUUUAUUAAUAUCUCAGUUUU